AUGUCCUCUGCUCAUGAUGCCACCACCAAGAUCUCCAUUGACAAGUUCGACGGCGACAACUACGCGACGUGGAGCCGCUACAUGCGUGGCGUGUUCCUGACCAAGUCGGCGUGGCACGUGGUGAACCGGGAGACGUCGCCGACCUUCGCCGAUCCUCGCGCCAGUGACGACUACGUCAAGACGAACAACAUUGCGUCCGGCUUGAUGCUGCUGCACAUGAGCGCGGAUUCUCAUCACGUGGUUGAUGAUUGUGAGGAAGCAUGGGUUGCGUGGGCGUGGAUCAAGACACUGUACGGCGGAUCUCAGAAGGCUGGGCACAUCUGCUUGAAGCGCCAGCUCUUCAGUAUGGAGAUGACAAAAGGCGGCAAUGUGAUGCAUCAUUGCAAUGAGGUCCUCAACAUCAGCGCAAAGCUGGCUAGCAUCGGCGCCAAGAUGUAG